AUAGGAGGAGCGAAGUUUGUGUCCUGACCUCAGAGAAACUCACUGACACUUUUCCUUCCUCCCUUCCUUCCUUUCUGUCUUUCCUUCCUUCCUUCUUUCCCUUCCUUCCUUCCUUCUUUCCCUUCCUUCCUUCCUUCCUUCCUUCCUUCCUUCCUUCCUUCCUUCCUUCCUUCCUUCCUUCUUUCCCUUCCUUCCUUCUUUCCCUUCCUUCCUUCCUUCCUUCCUUCCUUCCUUCCUUUCUUUCUUUCUUUCUUUCUUUCUUUCUUUCUUCUUUCUUUCCUUUCCUCAUUCUUUCUCUUCUUUCUUUUAUCCCUUCUUCUUAUCUAUCUUAUCCCCUAACCUUUCCUUCCUAAUUUCUUUGCAGUCUGCAUUUUUGAAGCAAGGCUUGCCUCUGUUGCCCAGGCUGGCCUUGAACUUCUGGACUUAUACUAUCCUCCCACCUUAGACUCCCAGAUUGAAGAUGGAGGCAAAGCAGCCUUGUCUCAGAAGAUGCGAACUGGUGAUGAGCUGGUGAAUAUCAACGGCACUCCAUUAUAUGGCUCCCGCCAAGAGGCCCUCAUCCUUAUUAAAGGCUCCUUCAGGAUCCUCAAGCUGAUUGUCAGGAGGAGAAACACCCCUGUCAGUAGGCCGCACUCAUGGCAUGUAGCCAAGCUGUUGGAAGGGUGCCCUGAAGCGGCCACCACCAUGAAUUUCCCUUCUGAAGCUUUCAGCUUAUCCUGGCAUUCCGGUUGCAACACAAGUGACGUGAGUGUACAGUGGUGCUCCCUCUCCCGGCAUUGCAGCACUGAGAAAAGCAGCUCUAUUGGCAGCAUGGAAAGCCUGGAACAGCCAGGCCAAGCUACCUACGAGGGCCAGCUUUUACCCAUUGACCAGAACAUGUACCCCAGCCAGCGUGACUCAGCCUACAGCUCUUUCUCAGCCAGUUCAAAUGCCUCUGACUGUGCCCUUUCCCUUAAGCCAGAAGAACCACCCUCCAUAGACUGUGUCAUGCCAGGCCCAGGGCCAACUAAAGUCACUGUUGGCCAACCUAAUGUAUCUGAGACCUCAGGAAGUAGCCACAGUACUAGUGAGGACCAUGUGACCUCCAGUUCCCAUGCAUCAUCCUUCCCAGAAGAAGGCCACCACUCAGGACCUGCCACGCCAGUCCGGGGUCCACCAGAUCCUCCAGUGAGGCGGGACAGCCUUCAGGCCUCUAGAGCCCAACUUCUCAAUGGAGAACAGUGCUGUGCAUCUGAACCUGUGGACUCCUUACAACAGAAGGAAAAGCCAAGCUUAGACACAGUGCUGUCCCCAAGGAACCCUAACCAGUUCUGCUGUUUUAGUGAGCAAGACCAUGUAACAGGCGAGGACCACCAGAACUGUGAGCUUAGCAAGCCUUCUGAAUCCAGCCAGGCUGACUUUGAGCAUCUACUGAUAGAGGGCUCCCCCAAAGCUCUUAAUUCCCCAAAAGGUUCUGGCACAGAGUUCAGCCUGCUGAAGGAGGCUGCAGCAGAUUUAGCUAACACAUUGUCCUUUGGUGCCAUUCCACACCUCCGAGGAAGCACAGAACAUCGCCAUAGUGCUCCUGCACAGCUGCUGGCAUCCCACCUGCAACAGGUGCACCUUGAUUUCAGAGGCAGCAAGGGGAUAGAGAUGCCAACUGGUCAGGAUGGACACCAGUGGACUGUGUCCCCUUUGCACAACAACCCUAAGGGAAACAAAAGUUCAGGUCUCCCCAAGGGAAGCACCCAGGACCAGCCCAGCAAAGAAAGGAAGACCAGGACCACAGAUGAUAAGCUGAUGGGUUCUGUACACCAGAACCAAAAUGGCUCCCCACUUGGAGAGAUUGAUGGACAUUCAUCUGAACAAACUUUCCUAGACCCAAACCGAACAAGCAGAGCUAGCAGUGACUUGGCUAGCCAGCCGCCCUCUGCCAUUUGUUCGCCUAUUCAACAAACCAGAGAUUUCUUUUCAACCCCUAAGGUAGCAGAAGAAAUGGGAGAAGGUGACAAUGAGCCCAAGGAGUGUGGUCGAUUGGGUGGCAGAAGAAGUGGAGGUCCCCGGGGGCGCUCCAUUCAAAACAGGAGGAAGAAUGAAAGGUUUGCUACCAACCUACGUAAUGAAAUUCAGUGGAGGAAAGCCCAGCUCCAGAAAAGUAAGGGCCCAUUGUCACAAUUGUGUGACACUAAGGAACCAGUGCAAGAGACACAAGAGCCUCCAGAGAGUCCUCCACCCUCUGUUUCUAACUUGUCUCUUCUGUCUUCAUAUAAAAAUGUCCCUAGCCCCAGAGAGAAGCUCUUCAACAAAAGCAUGCUUCUUAGGGCUAAAUCUUCAGAAUGCCUCAACCAAGCAUCAGAGAGCUCCAAAGCUAGGGUAGGAUUAGAGGGAAGAAUAAGCCCUGGCCAGAGGUCUGGCCAGUCUUCUUUGGCCCUGAACACUUGCUGGAAGGCAUCUGACUCAUCCUCCCUAGACACUGAGAAAGCAAAUCCUCACCAUGGGGUCUGUAGAGGUCGCUGGAGAUGGUCUCCAGAACAUAACCCUCAGCCACAUGUGGCGCUAUCCACAGAAGGUCCUUCCAGCCCAGAUGAUAACAAAGAACUGAAGACAUCUACUGCUCAGGCUGGGGAGGAGGAAGCCAUCCUCUUGCCGUUUGCAGACCGAAGAAAGUUCUUUGAAGAGAGCAGCAAAUCUUUAUCUACAUCGCAUUUGCCAGGGUUAGCCACUCAUAACAACAAGACUUUUACCCAGAGACCAAAACCUAUAGACCAAAACUUCCAGUCAGUGAGCUAUAGAGAAAUAAGACGCCAUCCUCUGGACCAAUCAUAUCAUUCCACGGAACAGCCAUGCCACGCUUCAGACCAAUCAUAUCAUUCCACAGAACAGCCAUGCCACGUUGCAGACCAAUCAUAUCAUUCCUUGUCACCACGCCAGUCAGAAACUCCCACUUACCCAGAAUGUUUUGCCGCCAAAGGCCUAGAAAAUUCCCUGUGCUGUAAGUCACUGCACUAUGGAGAUUUUGAUUACCACAGGACCUGUUCUUGUUCCUGCAAUGUUCAGGGAACUGUAAUGCAUGAUCCUCACAUGUAUUAUUCUGGAGAAAUCUGCCCUGCCUUGCUAAAGAGAAAUUUGUUGCCAAACUGCCUCAACUAUAGGUGCCACCACCACCAGUGCAUCCGGCAUACGGCUUGCCAUCAUAACCCUCAACAUGGUACCCUUGAGGACAGCAACUUGGCACCUGGCAAUGCUUGGAAAUCCAGGAAGGCUGCGAUACAGGAAUUUCCUGUGGACAAGUGGAAGCCAAUAACAGGAAACAGGAAAAUUAGUUGUUCAGGGAGGGAAAUGGCUCAUUCUCAGGCCAGUUUGUCACGGUCUACUCCCUUCCAUCCUUGCCUUGAGAACCCACCACUGGACUUGUCAAACCACCGAGCAGUCUCUUCUCUUGACCUCCUUGGAGACUUCAAAAACAAACCAGAGGAAUCUGCAGCUUAUGAGGAUGGGAGCUCCCUUUCCUCCAUGCCCUGCCCACUGAGGAGCCGAGCCUUCUCAGAGAGUCACAUUAGCUUAGAGUCUCAAAACACCCGGGCCUGGGGGAAGCAUCAGAGGGAACCAUUUCCUAAAGGCAAUGAGACUCAGCCAGAUCAUCUCGGAGCCCGGAAAAAGGCUUUUCCUCCUCCUCGCCCUCCUCCUCCCAACUGGGAAAAAUAUAGGCUCUUCCGUGCAGCACAGCAGCAACAGCAGCAGCAGCAACAACAACAGCAGCAGCAGCAACAACAACAGCAACAACAACAACAGCGAUGUGAAGAGGAAGUAGAGAAGGAGAAGAAACAAGAGCUGGAGGAGGAAGGGGAUAAAGAGGAGGACCUACCACCCCAAUAUUUUUGUUCAGAAACCACUGGUUCCUGUGCUCCUCAUCCAAAAAAAGUCCUGGAGCCACAGUCCCUGAAGGUGGGCCACCGGGAGGCCUCCAGGCAGAGUUCACAGAGCCUCCCAGAGCAAGAGACCUUUGCUCUGCCUCCCAGUGAUUUUGUGCCUCCAGUAAGGGGCCACAUUGGAGCCCAGCCUGAGAGAGCUCAACCUCCUUACCAUUAUGGUGCUCAUGGAUUAUGGAAGACAACUGAGCAAGAAGCUACUGUGACUCCAAAACAAGAGUUUCUGCACUUCUCACCUCCUCCGGGGGGGCCAGGAAUCCCUACCUCUUACUCAGCAUAUUAUAAUAUCUCUGUGGCCAAGGCAGAACUGCUGAAUAAGUUAAAAGAGCAGCCUGAGAUGGCAGAGGCAGGCCUGGGAGAGGAGGGAGUUGACUAUGAACUGGCUCAAAAAAAGAUUCAGCUCAUUGAAAGCAUUAGUCGAAAACUUUCUGUCCUGCGGGAGGCCCAGCGCGGGCUACUGGAUGACAUCAAUGCCAAUUCUGCCCUCAGAGAAGAGGUAGAGGCCAACUUGAAAGCUGUCUGCAAAUCGAAUGAGUUUGAAAAGUAUAAUUUGUUUAUUGGGGACCUGGACAAAGUGGUCAACCUGUUGCUGUCACUCUCUGGUCGGUUGGCCCGGGUAGAGAAUGCUCUCAACAGCAUCGAUUCAGAAGCCAACCAGGAAAAGUUGGUGCUGAUAGGGAAGAAGCAGCAGCUGACGAGCCAGCUGGCAGAUGCCAAGGAGCUGAAGGAGCACGUGGACCGCAGGGAGAAACUGGUGUUCAGCAUGGUCUCCCGCUACCUGCCCCAGGACCAGCUCCAAGAUUACCAGCACUUUGUGAAGAUGAAAUCUGCUCUCAUCAUUGAACAGAGAGAGCUGGAGGAAAAGAUCAAGCUUGGGGAAGAGCAGCUUAGAUGCCUCAAAGAGAGCCUGCACUUGGGGCCCAGCAAUUUCUAAUUCUACUAGGAGUGUGCCACUGAACUCUGCUCAUCCACAAUACAAAGUGCCUUCAAUCUUCAGUAGCAGUUUGGUAGCCAAGUAUAUAGAAAUUACAGAUGGUUCCAGCUGUCUGCCUUGGCCAGCCAUCAAGGAGAGCCUGAGAAGGCUUCAAGCUUCUACCUUAUAGAGCCACAGCAAGGUGUGGCCAUACUACCAUGCUCUUUCCCAGUGAGUGGGAAUGAAAAAGUGCCUUCAUCUCUGUACUAAGACACCAAAGACUUCACAAACUCUCCCUCACCACACUACCCUCUGAAGGUUCAGAGCCAAACUGCCCAUGCAGUUUUUCCUCUUCCCUGAAGCUAGUGAGCUAGCUAGCCAUUUUCCACACAGAUUUGCUUGACUUGACUACAUUCACCUCACACCAGUUUCAGGGCUUCACCCAAACUUCACAGCACAAGGCACAGAAGGGGAUGCUGUAUAUAAGGGGAGCAAAAGUGAGGUAUGUCCACGUAUCCUUCCUCCCCUCCAGUAAUAGCCAGACUUAAGCAAAGUGGUUCCAUGUCUACCCUCUCCAAUAGCUAGUUGAUAGCAUUCUUACUGUGGCCUUCACCCCAUCUUCACUUGAUGGGCCUGCUACUUUAUACUGUAUGUUGCUCUGAUGUCACUAGUAGUUGCAUGCCAGGGCUUUGCUCUCUGAGCCUCUAAUAUCUGUAUUGCAGCUGACUUCUGGAUAUAGCUUCAUUAUUGGGAAAGGGGGUUUUGUUAUAUUUUAAAUGGUCUUUGAUUUUAUUUAUUCUUAUGGUUUCUUUUUCAUUUUUAACUAAUGAGGCAAGAAAAAAAUAAGUUAGAGAGGGGGAAGUUAGUCAGAAGGAAAACAUAAGCCUGGGUUCACCCUGGCUAAGUAAGCAUGGGCCAGGGCAUUGAAUCCUUCCUACCGUUUAUUUCUUAGCUUCAAGAAUCUAAGAAAUUUCUCCUCUUGAACUCAUAGCCUCCCUACCAUAGCUUGACUAUGUGCUUCUGUGAGGUGUGGGUGACACUAACCUUAUCAUUCUUGAGUAGAAUUCAGUGUUUUCUAACUGCUAUUUGAAACCAGAAUACUCUCCUAAAACUGAAAAACAGAGGCUACAUGAAUGAAUGAGGGUGAGUGUGUAAGGCCCUCUCCUAACAAUUGUUAGAAAACAACAGUGGCUAGCUCAAGGAACCAAAGCUAUGAGUAUUUUUAGCCAGGGUCAGGCCUUAGAACAAAUUAUGAUCCAUCCAAGAUCUAGACAUAGAGUAUCCCUCCUUAUCUAUCUUCGGGCCUAUAUACUAAAGUAUCUUCUCUGGCGGACUCCUGAAAUCUUGGAUAGUACCAAAGCCUGUAUAUAUCACAAUUGUUAAUAUCAUCACUGAAGGGAAUAAUAAGCAACUAAAGAGAGAUCGCCUAUAUAGCAUGGAUACACUGGAUAAAUAGAUGAUUGAUGAUCCAUGUGGGAUGGAGCAGAAUUUCAUCACACUACUCAGAAUGGCACAUAAUUUAAAUUUUAACAGUUGUUUGACUCUAUAAUAUAAUGGUUUAAUGUUGUCAGACCAUGGUUGAUCAUGAGAACUGAAACUAUGGAAAGUAAAAGAGGUAAGAGAGAUUAAGGUACAAUGAACUAAAGUUGUUGCUUUUACCAAGACCUGACAUUGAUAGCCAGCUUCUAUCCUGGAAAAGCAUUCAGGGGGCAAUAGCAAGAUGGGAUUUCGUUCCAAAUCAUCCUUUUAUCUAGCUCAAUCUUCUGUUUCUUACUAACUGGGUACAUUUCUUGAUGUUAUCCCCUUAUAAUACCAUAGAAGCCCCCCAAAACCAAACUCCAGCAUCACUACCUGUUACCAUGGAGUUCCUCAGGAUCCUAGGAGGUUCAUUGCAGCUGCAGUGUUACCUCAUUAAACCAAAGAAUUUGCCAAGGAACGUCAUGGCUGCUGAAAAUGCUGGUCACUAGCUUCCAUUCUCUUCAUGCUGUAUUUGACAACUGUGGGAGAAUCUUGGUUAGCAGGGUAUUCUAAAUGGGCAGUAACCUUUCCUGUGGGUCACUGGGUAUGCUUUUUAGUAUUGCUGCCUCUAUAAUAAGCACUGUUAGUAUAUCAAUCCUGCCAUUCUCCCCUCAAGUAGAAGAUUACAAGUUAUUAUAAACAUUGCCCUUAAGCUAUACUGAGCAGUGAAGCUCUGUAGCUGCUAUGCUUUGCUAUGCUGUGUAGUGCUAUGCUAUGGUGUGCUGUGAAGUACUGUGCAGUGCUAUGCUGUGUUAUGCUGUUCUGUGCUACCCUAUAAGGACAGCUGAUAACUUACCCAAAGGAAAUUUGAGAGAGGUGAGGAAAUGCUUUGAAUAAAAGCCACACUGGCCUUACCUUCUUUUAAUAAUGGGCCCUAGGACAAUCAAUAAGGAAGUUGAAAUGUCUUGUACUAGGAUGAGAGUUAUAUGUUCUAUCAUUCUAAAAUGUGUUUGACUCUAGUAGAGCAAGGAGAAGUCACUUUACUAGAUAUCAUGGCCAUAGGCUGGGUAUUUUUAGCCUUUGAUAGAUUUAUUGUACCUUAAGUAGAUGAUACCAAAAUACUGUUAACUGUGGUUUGUGUUUGUUUGUUGUUUUGCUAUUGUUGGAGGUGGAACCUAAGGCCUUAUGUGUAGUGGGCAAGUGCUGUAUCACUGAGCUAAAACCCCAGCCUUAAUUCUCAUUUUUGUCAUUCAUUCCACCUCAAAAUAGUUUGUACAGUUGGAUUGAGAAUACAGGGCUGACUUUCCAAAGUAUCUGAAAGAUAACUUCAAAACUAUACUGAGUAUCAAAGCUCAGUAUGCUAAACUAACAAAAGUAUUUGAAAAAUAACUUCAAAACUAUACUGAGUAACAAAGCUCAGUAUGUUAAACUAACACUGGCAUGCCCUACUCCUGCUGUGGCAUUUCCACAGAGAGGAGCAUCGCUGCAAAGUACUUGUCAUGGGGUAUCUCUCUCUGGUCUUGGUUUCUGGGACCUAGGCCUCUGAGAAAACAUAGCAGUGUGAAAGUAGGUUAAAAUAUUGACAUUCACCCACCAAAGGUUACUGAUCUUCCACUCUUUCCCUUCAAAUAUUUACAUAAAUCUCUUUGAAGAAUAGGAAAGUAAGGUGGUGGAUACAAGAGAGUUGAUGUAAGAUUACUACUGCCCCAGGGAUAAUUGACUGUCAUCAAAUCCCAUGAUUGAAGACUUAGCUAAUAUACAGAAGUAAAUACCCAAAUGGAAUCUAAGAGAAUGGGACAGAUAUGCUGAAAUUAAAGCCCUGAAAAUGGAGAAAUUGGAUGCCUAGGAAAGAGGGUAGAAAUGUAAAAAUCCCCUUUCAAGACUGAAUUCAUAUUUCUGUUUGCCACUUAACCUCUUGUGCCAAGAAAGCUGCCUCAGGGAUACCAGAACCAUAUCCUCAACUCUAGGCUCCCUGAAGGUGCUGAUUUUCUUGUAGUAAGCCUCAAAUGGAAGUUGGGUGUACUUCUGGCUACUUUUACCUAUGUGGAACUUGGCAGCUCCUUCUCUUUGCCAGAGGAGCUGUGUAUGCCAAUAAUAAUUCUGUGGCAGGAUAUCGUAUUAUUUGAAGAUUAAAUCCUGAAAAAGGGGGUGGGCAUGGGUGUUGUAUAUAGAUAAAGAAUCAGUAUUUGCUGUACAAUUUGGGGGAAUUGUCUAUUCCAUGUAAUGCUAUUAUGUUUCUGAAUCUUACUGUUUCUGCAUUUGUGUCCUCCACCAUUCCCCUCUUGGCUGACAUUGAUAUGCCAGCUAUAUUGUCAUCAAGGGUAAUACUUCAAUAAAAGGUGCUAAGGACAAAAGAA